GCUGCGACACGCGUGUCAUCGCUGGUCGUAUGAAUGCACCCGGAAGUGGGCGAAGGCGGGAUUUGCACGCGGGAGGGAUUAGUGUUUUUGCAAAAUUGGGGUCAGGAGAGAGGGAAAAAAGCGGGGGCGGGAGGAGCAAAGCUUGCAGGAGGUGGAUAUUGACGCCUCUGGUAGGGUUGGAAGAUUCCCAAUGCAGCUGAAAGUAGCCGUCCUGGGCGGAGGAGUAACUGGUCUCGCAGCUUGCUAUUACCUUGCCAGAAGUUCACUGGCCUCUAAGGUCACCCUUUUGGAAGGCAGCCACCGGUUGGGGGGAUGGAUUCAUUCCACCCGGACAGAAGAUGGGGCUGUUUUCGAACACGGCCCCAGAGGGAUCCGACCUGCCGGACUUGUAGGGAAAAACACCCUUCUCAUGAUUUCGGAGCUUGGGUUAGAAGCUGACGUUCUUCCUGUCCCAGGAGACCAUCCGGCCUCGAAAAAUCGCUACCUCUACGUUGGAGGUUCCCUUCACAAACUCCCUUCCGGCCUUAAGGGCAUUUUCCAGACGGUGCCACCGUUCUCCAGUCCUCUUGUCUGGAGUGGGUUGAAGGAACUGUGGGCCCCUCGUGGAACCGAACCCGAUGAGACCAUCCACGCUUUCGUGGCCCGUCGUUUUGGCCAGGAGAUGGCCGAUAUAGCCAUAGACAGUCUCUGCCGGGGAGUUUUCGCUGGCGAUUCCCGAGCGUUGAGCAUCCGUUCCUGUUUCCCAGCGUUAUUCCUGGCUGAGCGGAAACAUGGUUCGGUUAUGCUGGGCAUGACCCUUGCCAAAAAAGAAACUUCCCCAGUGGAUUGCCGGCUCAUCCGCCAGGCCCGGGAAGGGCACUGGAGCCAGUGGUCCCUGCGUGGCGGACUGGAGACCCUUCCCCAAAGUUUAGCUUCCUUCUCAAGAGAACGAGGGGUCAAAAUCCACUGCAACGCCCUGGUGAAACGACUGGACAGAACCACCUCGGGGUCCUGGCAGAUUGCGCUGCAGGACGGCAACAUGGAGGCCGAUCAUGUGAUCAGCGCUUUGCCCGCCAGAGUUCUGGCUGACUUGCUCCCUGCCAGAUUUGAACCCCUUAUCCAAGAUCUGCUAGCCAUCCAAGCGGUUUCUGUGGCGGUGGUGAAUCUGCAAUACGAAAACGCACAACUUCCUGUGACGGGAUUUGGCCAUUUGGUGCCAUCGUUCGAGGAUCGCCCGCUGUUGGGCAUCGUUUACGACUCGGUGGCAUUUCCCGAACAGAACGGUCACCAAGGCUCUGCCACUCGACUGACGGUGAUGCUCGGUGGCGCCUGGUUUACAUCACACCUGGGUGACCCGAACACAAUUCCUCACAGUGAGUUGUUAAGCAGAGCUCAGGAGGCUGUUCGAAAACACCUUGGAAUCUCCGCGGAGCCUGUUCGCUCCAUUGUUAAAGUCCAUCAGUCCUGCAUUCCCCAGUACACACUCGGCCACUGGAAACACAUUGAAAGUGCUACUUCCCAAUUGAAGCAACACAAUCUGCCCCUUAGCCUAGUGGGAGCUUCUUACGACGGGGUUUCCGUCAACGAUUGUAUCUUCAGCGCCCAGACGGCGGUGUCUCGGCUCGUGGGCGGCGUCUCCUGAGGAGGAGCCGAGUUCUGGAUUCCUGGGAUCUGGCCUCUCUUGAUCGAGGUCUUCUUGAGGAAAGUGUUGAAUAACGGAGCUGGAAGGGGCCUCGGGAGGUCUUCUAGUCCAACCCCCUGCUCAAGCAGGAGGCCCUAUACGAUUCUGUUGCCCAGACUCUUCUAAAAAGGCUCCAGUGAUGAAGCAGCCAUGACUUUUGGAAGCAAUUUAUUCAAUGGAUUAAUUGUUCUAACUUUCAAUAAAUUCCUCCCGAGUUCCAGGUUGCUUUUGUCCUUGGUGAGUUU